AUUUUUAUUUUGUCUACAGACAAAUGCAGUGAAGAAAGUGUUUUGUGUGAGGAUGGCGGAUGACGGAAACGCGGUUGUUCGUGACGAUGAAGAAGAAGCAGUGGGUGAAGUUGAAGGCGCUGCGAGAGCGGAAUGGGUUCUAAUUUCCAGCGUGGAGGCCAAUAAAGAGGACUUCUUUUCGCGAUCUGUCGAUUUGAGUUCGCAUUCAAGUUCGCCGAACCUCGACGGGACGGAGCGUGACGAAUCAAAAAGUGGGAAUAGUGCUCUUGAGCCGGAGAAGCCAGACGACGAUUCCGACGCCAGCUGCCGCAGUUUGGAAGUCCUGCUGCCCACCCACUACCAAGACAUUCUCCAAAAUCUCCGUCGUCGUCGGAAAGAGCGAUUGUCGUUGCAAAAGGAAAACAGUUCUUCCUCGGAAAGCGUGUCCAUCAUUGGCGACUCGGGAUCGGAGCGAGAAAUGUCGGCCGAGUCGCCUCACGACAUUGCGGACGUGGAUACGGGUUCGUCAUAUUUGUGCGUCAACGAGUUGCCGGCCAACUUGAACGUCAUCAGGCCCGAGAAGAAGUAUGUGCACACGAGGAACAAGAGGCUCGCCAUGGGCCUCAAUUUCCUCGUCGCGUUCGCUGCCGUUUUGGUCCUCGGGCUCGGAGUUGGACAUUUUCUGGGGUGGUCGGAACAGUCGUCGAUCACCGAGGAGAUCCAGAAGUCGACGAAACGAACUGUCGAUACCCUGAAAAACGAGUUGUCGUCGUGUAAACACGACCUCAACGACGACGUGGACGAGGAUGACCAGCGAAUAAAAAACCUCUCUGCUCUCAACGCUGAUCUUCUCCGACGCGUUGAAGGACUGCAGAAUGAUUUAAACAGUUUGCUUAUCGACGGUUUGCAGAAGCCCGUAGGUUCAGCCUGGCGACAAACUGAAGCGGAACCCGCUUCGAUCCAAGAGCCAAGUGUGGAUCAUAAAACAAAGGAAGAUAUAGUUGAACCUUCGGUGCUGGACUCCCCGAUUCCGCGAGAAGAGGCCGAAGAAGACAAUUUUGACACGAUUUCUUCUUCCUGGCGAAAGCUAGAAGCCGUCGCGACGGACGUGUGGGACUCGUUGCGGUCUGCUGACGCCGUCAAGCGAGCUCUAAACGGCUGCAAAAGCGUGUCGGACGACGUCGCGAAGCGUUUUUGUAAACUCGGGUUGGCGAUGAACGAUCCGUCCCCGAGAUCUCGUGACGAAUCGUCGUCUUCAUCAUCAUCAUCAACGACGCCCCCGCGGACGCCGUUUUUCAAGCGGCUCUGGGACGCCCUGCGAGAAGAGAAGGUCGCCCCGGACGUGCCGUGGGAGUCGGUCAACCUGGACUUUGUCACCAAGUCAGUGGCAUCCGCGUUCACGCCGUCGCAGAAUCGGACGGAGACGGCCAAGAAUUUCCUGCGUGACUCGGCCACCGCCGUCACGAGCUUCGCGACGGAUCUCAAGGACAGGCUGGUGGGACGUAUGACGAAGCUCCGCGACUUGGCGUCGGACAGCAACGUCUCGGGCCAUUUUGAUGCUUUGUUCAAGGCGGCCGAGACGAUCCCGCGGGUGUGGACCAAAGUGGUGAGCGACGUCGAGGUGGAACCUGUGGACUCGGAACCCGUGUCUGAGUCGUCUGUCUGUGCGAAUGGAACCCAGGAGAAGACGGAUUGGGUUUUUGAACGAGCGAAAUCCCGGCAUGACUCGAGGAUGCAUGACAGAGCGACCGAUUGGAUGUUCGAGCGGGCCAAGAGGAACAGGCCGCAGAAGCCGUAUAAGGAACAGGAUGGUGCCGGUGACGAUGAAUGGAAGGAGAUGAAGAGGAAGAAGAAGAGGAAAGACACCCGAGGUUACGAGAAGGCCAAGAGUGAAGGGCGUAAACGAAAGGGGGAAAAGCAGUACACGAAAGAUAAAGUGUACGCGUCUCGUCGUCGAAGAUGA